AUGCUGUCCUCAAUACUACUAGCUGUGGUCGUCUCGACCAUAGUAACGGCUCAUACAGUCAUUACUUAUCCCGGAUGGCGGGGAGACAAUCUCAUCGAGAACUCUACAUUUCCUUAUGGCAUGCAAUGGACCUAUCCAUGUGGUGGUAUGCCCUUAACGACGAAUAGGUCGUAUUGGCCAACUACGGGUGGCGCCGUCGCGUUUCAACCAGGCUGGUUUCAAGGUCAUCAGACGGCAUUUCUCUACAUCAAUCUCGGAUUCGGCACGGACGGACCUGACCACGGGCCAAAAAAUAUGUCGUUCCCUAUGAUCGCUCCUUUCCAACUCCUCGGUCCCUCGAAAGGUCCGUAUCCCGGGACGGUUUGUCUGCCCCAGGUGCCCCUCCCCGCGAACAUGAGCUUCAACGCCGGGGACAACGCGACUAUACAAGUUGUCGAGAUAGCGCAGCACGGAGCUGCUUUGUUUUCGUGUUCCGAUAUUACAUUUGCUGAACCCGGAGACGAGAGGAUCGCUAAAGUUAACGGGUCUAACUGUUUUAACAGUACAGAUCUAGGAUUCGCUGAGAUAUACACCGUUACAACGCAAGAGAUGGGUUCGGCGGCGAACGUGAGUACUAGCAGCGCCUCUGGUCUUUGGAACCACAGUCCUGCAACGUGGAGCUGGCUCGGCUACUUCCCGAUAUUCAUAUGUGCUCUAGGGUUUUUACUGUAG